ACCACCACCACAAAUGGCGAUUCCAUAUUUUCAUCGACACCAGUAUGGCCCACAAUCGAUGGCCCCCUCGGCCUUUCGGAGGACGAAUCUGUGACGUAUGCCCGGCGGUUCUACAAGUUUGGUUACGCCCUGCUGCCGUGGCUCUGGGCCAUCAAUUGCUUCUACUUCUGGCCUGUUCUCCGGAACUCUCGCUCCUUUCCUCGCCUUCGGCCCUGUAAUCUCUCUCUCUCUCUCUCUGUGGAUAUACCUGUUAUUCUUUUUCGCAUUCUGGCGAUUUGUCUCAUCUUCUUCCUUUUCCUAUGAAUUGUUAUUGCAUCAUCUCGUGGCGUGGAAACAUAUUUCUAUUCAUUAUCAUGGAGUUCUUUGAAAUAUGAUUUUCUUCUUGAUGCCAUUUGAGAAAUCGUAACAAAUAGUUUUGUUUGUGUUGUGAUCUUCCUUGUUUUGACCUAUUAUUUAUUCUACACAGUACAGGCUACAAUACAGAAAUUAGUUUUCCUUUGACUUGACAAUAGCCAUUACCCAUAAUUUCAAUUUCGGAAUUCUACAACUGUAAUAAUCUGCAACUUCUAGUUCUAAACGGGCUGGUAAAAUCACCCCAGUUUACUUUAAGAGAAGAUUGAUAGGCAGCUGGAUUGCUGAGAACUCAGGAAAUGAUUCACUAGUGAGAUUUCUUUUCACAGAGAUAGAGGUUUAGUGUAAUUUUUUUUUGUAAGUAUCAUACUUUUUCUGUCAUCGUAAGAACUAAGAAGUUUUUGUUUGUUGAGUCACCAUUAAUCAUGACAACAUGAUUUAAUGAGUAUCUUUAUUUUUUGGUUCUUAGUUUGUACAACUCUUGAAGCAAAGCGUGAAUAUGCAACUCAUAAAUGAUUGACAUUCUUUAUUUCAUUUCAGUUGGCUCACUGUGAGUGCCUAGUGUGUAUUUUUUCAGUUUGAUAUUUUAUGGUUUUUACCACCACUAUUUGGAUGGGCAUUUUAUACUUAGAUUUAGAUUGUUGGUGCAUUCAUAAUAAGCAGAGGAAUGCUCCAGCUAAUGAUUUAGAUGCUUCUCCUAGCGCAUAGUUUCUAAGCUGUAUUUCAUACCCUUUUUGCCUGUUUUCCAUAAGAUGUACGGUGCAUGUACUCCACACUGUCUCCUAUGCAUUAGUGCCUCCAAUUUAAAUCAUUCUUUAGCCUAUUCUCAUCUGUCUUUCCAAUUUUGCGAGACUAUUUUUAUUGAAUUAUGUUUUUACCUGUUAUAAAGGUUCAGCUUGUUUUAUGGGUUUAAAUUUGAGUUUAUACUUCACGUUGCAAUUAUU